AUGUUAUCAUAUGUUAAGAGUAAUUUUCUUAGACUUAAAUGUCGUUUGCAGAAAAAUUCAAUAGAAAAUUUACUUUGGCUUGUGAACCUAAUACCAAGUGUUUCGGGAUCCUCUUUAGGUUCUAAUCGGAAGGCUAACGUCCCCUUUUGGGUUGUGUCUGUGGGUCUCCUUACAUACGUGUAUGUAGCGGGGAAUGUGAUGUUUCAACUGAAAUUCGCAAAAAGCCCCGGCGAUUACAUCAAGAGUAAUGUCAAUGUUUUGUUAUUAUUGCUCACAUAUAAUAACUGCUACUGGUGGCUCAGACAAUCAGCACUUUUAAGGAAAGUUUUAAAACAAGUAAAAGAAAAUGACAGACUAGCCAAAGAGUCAGCCGGCCAUUUUGAAAUACACGAGAAAUUGUUGUCAGUUGUCAAAAAAAUUCUUCUUAUAUUCUAUGGUUCUAUUUGGACAGAUGCAGUUUUCAUAUAUCUUCCUAAUCGUGUAGAUAUUUCGAACAAUCAUUAUUGCAUGACACCUUGUGUUGGUAUGGAGCCACUAUCAGCAACACCGAACCGGCAAAUCUGUAAAACAAUCCUAUUCAUACAAGAAGUCAUUUUAGUAAUUAUAGACUUGAACUACCAGACCCUUCAACUGAUGUUGAUCUCUCACACAGCCACUAUGUACCGUCUCCUAGCCGAAGAGAUGCAGCAACUAGAUGCUCCAGUGUUCGAUGAAAAUCGUUACCAAGGAAUCAAAACGAAGCUCCCAUCCCUGAUUUUCCGCCACGUCCUCACUUUGGAUAUUAUAAAGAACCUUCAAUCUCUCUACAGCUUUCCUAUGGGUGUUAAUUUUGGCCUAAACACUGUUUGUAUUGCACUCUUUUUUUAUUUACCUACUGAAGAAUGGAUAGACUUUUGUCCUUUUCUUAUUUACUGUUUCUUUGUAUUCUUUUUGUACUGCUAUCUCUGUCAGAAGUUAAUCGACGCGUCGGAAAUGUUCGAGCGCUCGGUUUAUGCAUGUGGCUGGGAAAAGUAUAAUAUUAAGGAAAUGAAAAUUGUCUAUAUAAUUCUGCUGCAAGCCCAAAAACCGAUAGAAUUGUUAGCGGCUGACAUAGUACCGAUAAAUAUUUAUACAUUCGCAACGACGAUACAAUUUUUGUAUAAGUUCAUAACUAUUGUGAAAUUUUAA